AUGUCUCUUUAUGGUCUUAAACAGUCUCCGAGAGCUUGGUUUGGCAAAUUCAACACUGUAGUACAACAGUUUAGUAUGGUCCAUAGUGAAGCUGAUCACUUUGUGUUUUAUCGUCACUCUGCCCAAGGGUGUAUCUAUCUUAUUGUAUAUGUGGAUGAUAUUGUGAUAACUGGCAGUGAUCAUCAAGGAAUAAUCCAGUUGAAACAACAUCUCUCGAAUCAAUUUCAAACAAAAGAUCUUGGCAAACUCCGCUAUUUCUUGGGAAUUGAGGUGGCCCAAUCUAAAGAUGGCUUGUUGAUAUCCCAGCGGAAAUAUGCUAUGGAUAUUUUGCAAGAAACAGGGUUGUUGAAUGCUAAACCAGCUGAUACUCCUACGGAUCCAAGUGGAAAAUUGCUACCCAAUCAAGGGGAGCCUCUAUCUGAUCCAGGAAGGUAUAUGAGAUUGGUUGGAAAGUUGAAUUAUCUCACAGUCACUGGUCCGGACAUCUCUUUUGCAGUUAGUAUGGUAAGCCAGUUCUUAAAAUCUCCUUGCCAAGAACACAUGGAUGCUGUUGUCCGAAUUUUGAGACACAUCAAGCGUGCUCUAGGAAAAGGUCUCGUGUAUGAAGAUAAAAGACACACUCAUAUAGUUGGAUACUCUGAUGCUGAUUGGGCAGGGUCACCCAUUGAUAGACGAUCCACUUCUGGGUAUUGUUUACUUGUUGGAGGAAACCUUAUAUCCUGGAAAAGUAAGAAACAAAAUGUAGUUGCAAGAUCAAGUGCCGAGGCAGAGUAUAGGGCCAUGACAAUGGCAACAUGA